AUGAAUAGCAAAGUUCAAAUAGCAGUUGAUAGAGGUGGAACUUUUACAGAUAUUUGGGCAAACAUACCGGGGACGGGGGAAGUGAUUUUCAAAAUUCUUUCAGAAGAUCCGGACAGCUACAAUGAUGCACCUGCGGAGGGCGUUAGACGUGUUCUGGAGAUUUUCACUGAUAGCAAAAUUUCAAAAGGUGCCAAAUUAAAUGGUGAUCUUAUCGAAUGGAUUAGGAUGGGUACGACUGUGGGGACUAAUGCUUUGCUAGAAAAGAAAGGUGACCGGUUUUUGUAUGUUACCUCUGAAUCGUUGGGCGAUGUUCUUGAAAUUGGUACCCAGGCCCGUCCUGAUCUCUUUGAUUUAAAUGUGAGGAAACUAAAGCCACUAUAUUCCGCGGUUCUUGAAGUUGAAGAACGAGUGACGAUUGAAACAGCCAGCGACGAUCCAAAUCAAAGUGCCGUAAGUCCAGAUGAAAAAAAUGGGGUUUUUCUAACGCAUUCGGGGCACUACAUCCGGGUUCUGAAGCCGCUCAACCGAUCAAAAACUCAUGAAGAUUUGAAAAACCUGUAUGAGAGGGGAUACCGAAAUAUUGCUGUGUGCUUAGCCCAUUCCUUUACAUACAACAUCCACGAGCUAGAGGUUAAAGAAAUCGCUGAAGAAAUCGGUUAUGAAUUCAUUUCCCUUUCGUCACAGUUAGCCCCAUCAAUAGGACUGCUAAACAGAGGAAAUUCUGUUUGUAUAGAUGCUUACUUGACUCCAAAGAUUCAAAAUUACGUCAAGCGGUUUUUCAGCUCUUUUGAAAACCCUCCCAUCAUAGAGUUCAUGAAAUCAGAUGGUGGUUUGGUCAAGGCUAAAGACUUUAAUGGGCUUAAUUCAAUUCUAUCAGGACCUGCAGGAGGGGCGGUCGGAUCUGCUCAAACAGCUGAUGAUGGUAAGACGCCUGUUCUUGGUUUUGAUAUGGGUGGCACAUCAACCGAUGUGUAUAGAUUUCACCGAAAUCACGAAAUAGUGUACGAGAAUACUAUUUCUGGCAUUGAUAUCCAUGCUCCGCAACUACAAAUUCAUACGGUAGCUGCAGGUGGCGGGAGUAUUUUAAAGUUCGAAAACGAUUUGUUUCACGUCGGCCCCGAAUCGUCUAGUGCGAAUCCAGGCCCUGCUUGUUAUAGGAAAGGAGGUCCUUUGACUAUUACGGAUGCCAACUUGAUUUUAAAAAGAUUGGAUCCAAGCCAAUUUCCAGAGAUCUUUGGAAUGAACGCAAAUGAGCCCUUAGACGAGGAUGCUACGGUCAAGAAAUUUCAGCAGUUAACUGAUCAGGUCAAUAAGAAAAUGAACACGAACUUAACUGCACAAGAGGUAGCUUUGGGUUUCUUGGAUGUAGCAAAUGAAACAAUGGCAAGGAGUAUCCGUGAAAUCUCAGAGGCAAGAGGAUACUCAACAAAAGAUCACGUCUUGACGGCCUUUGGAGGUGCUGGUGGUCAGCAUUGUUGCUCUGUGGCCAAAAUUUUAGGAAUAAGCAGAGUGGUGAUACAUAAUUAUUCUUCUGUUCUCUCGGCUUACGGAAUGGCACUCGCAAAAUGUACACAUGAAACAAAAGAACCAUUUAGCGGGGUUCUUGGAGACCUUUCUCUCUCUGAUUGCAAAAUAAAGUUGGAUGCGAUGGCUCACAAUGUUAAGGAACUAUUUUGUCGUGAAAACUCAUGUGUUUCUGAUGAAAGGUUAGUGCUUGAGAAAACUUUAGGAUUAAAAUUUAAGGGCUCCAACACUAUAUUGCAGGUUCCAUUUCAAGAAGAUUCAAACCACGAGUGCCUCGCACAGGUAUUUUUCGAACUGCACAAGCGAGAGUUUGGGUUCCUCCCCCCUGCGAAUACCAAAAUACUGAUCAACUAUGUCCGUGUGCAGGGUAUCUAUGAAAAUAAAACUCAAAGGGUGAACAAAAGUUUCAAAGAGGAGCUAGCGUUUUUUAGAGAAAGGGGACUGAAAGGAGUUGUCCCUACUGGUCAGCAGGAAAUAUAUUUUGGGAAAAAACCUACUUUAACAAAUGUGUAUCGUCUCAAGGAUCUCAAAGGUGGAAGUGUUAUCACAGGACCUGCCCUUAUAACUGCAGAAACACAGACCUUGUUAGUUGAAGACGAUUGUGAAGCAAUUAUUACAUCCAACUUUGUAGUCAUAGAAAUUGGAAACACAGCUAGUCAAAACGUCAAACAAGAGAGUGAUGUUGAAGUUGGAAAAUCAAAUCCAGCUUUGCUCAGUGUUUUUGGCAAUAGAUUCAUGGGGAUAGCUGAGCAAAUGGGCAGGACGUUGCAGAGGACGAGUAUUAGUACAAGCAUUAAAGAAAGACUAGAUUUCUCGUGUGCAAUUUUUAGUUCUGAUGGCGGUUUGGUCGCGAAUGCACCUCAUAUUCCUGUCCACUUGGGAUCUAUGCAAUAUGCAAUUGAAUACCAGCACAAGUUGUGGAAAGGUCGGCUAGCUCCUGGUGAUGUACUUUUGAGUAAUCAUCCUGAGGCUGGUGGUACUCAUCUUCCCGACCUCACCGUCAUCACUCCAGUUUUCAAUGACGGGGAAGUUGUGUUUUAUGUCGCAAGUAGGGGACAUCAUCAAGACAUUGGUGGUAUUGGAAUUACUGCCAUGAUGCCAAACUCCAAGGAAUUAUGGCAGGAGGGUGUUUCCAUUAAAAGCUUUAAACUCGUUGAAGCUGGCAAAUUUGAUGAAGAUGGCGUGAGAGCUUUAUUUGACGAGGCUGCAAAUUAUCCAGGAUCUAGCGCGACUAGAAACAUAGAGCAUAAUAUUAGCGAUCUUAAAGCUCAAGUUAGUGCUAAUCAGCGAGGAAUUAACCUAGUACAAGAUCUAUUCAAAGAACAUGGAUUUCACGUUGUUGAGUAUAAUAUGAAGGCUAUACGAUUGAAUGCUGAAACUGCCGUUCGGAACUUCUUUCGUGAUCAAGCGUUCAUUCACAAGAACAAGGCAUUGUGUGCAACUGACUAUUUCGAUGACGGUACGAAAGUGCAGGUGAAAAUAACAAUUGACCCUGAAGAGGGGGAGGCUCUCUUUGACUUUGACGGAACGGAAGAAGAAGUAUAUGGAUGCAUGAAUUCACCACCGUCUAUCACGUAUUCUUGUGUAAUAUACGUGUUAAGAUGCCUCAUUAAUCAGAGAAUUCCUCUCAAUCAAGGAUGCCUAGCACCUUGCAAGUUUAAUAUCCCUAAAGGAAGUAUCUUGAAUCCAACCGAAUUUGUUGCCAUUUGUGGCUCGACAAUAGCAGGGCAGAGAAUCACAGACGUUCUCUUAAAAGCUUUUGGAUCAUGUGCUGCUUCUCAAGGUUGCGCCAAUAGCUUUGGUUUCGGUACUGGAGGUAAAGAUCCUAUAACGGGAGAGGUACAAAAGGGAUUUACUUAUGCCGAAGCCAUAGGCGGAGGUGUAGGUGCGGGUCCAUGGGGGGGAAAAGCGGCGGAUGCGUGCAAUGUGCACUGCACAAAUACACGGACUACCGACAUAGAGGUCAUAGAGUCUCGAACCCCCGUUGUGGUUACUGAAUGGAAAAUUAGAAGAGGAACUGGAGGAAGUGGAAAGUACUGCGGAGGUGACGGCUGCGUGAGAGAGAUUGAGGCGAGAAUACCACUCAGAGUUUCCAUCCUAUCUGAGAGAAGGGUUUUUGCUCCUUAUGGCUUACAUGGAGGAGAAGGUGGAACAAGAGGCAAAAAUUACUGGUUGAGAAGACUUGAAGAUGGUACAUACUCAGUCACCAAAAUCGGUAACAAAGAGAUUUUCAACAUACUAGCCGGAGACCGAGUGCAAAUAAACACGCCCGGAGGAGGCGGUUAUGGAGCUAGAAUUUGUUCAAGGCAAUAG